GUAUUAUGUGAUGAAACCAAAUUUCCAACUAACGAAGAACGAAAACUUGAGCGAGGGAAAAAUAUCAUAAAGAAAUUAAUUAGUGCAACGACCUUGUUUCAGGCAAAUAAUAUGCAAUAUUGACAAUAAGUGGUGAAAAAUAGUUAAAUACACAGUAUUAUCCUCAUGUACUCGUUACAAUACAAAAGUAAAUUUAAAAAAUGCUGUUUUAUGAGUUGGUAAAUCUCAUGUAAUCCUAGGACCUAGGGGAUAUAACAACCGAUAAAUGACUUGGCUAAAUUGUUCGGAUAACAGUACACAUAACAGUCUGCAUUUCCGACACGUGCUCUUUACAUGCCACCUGAACAUUGUUAAACAUUAACGAGCAUUGUAGAAAACCGGUAUAAACUAAACAAAGUCGGCAGAAAUGCGAAGUCAUUCUGUUAGGCGUUAACAAAAGUCUGUUAGGUUUGAAGAUUUCUCCAUUUACACUUGAAAAGCAAUCGGUAGCUAUGGAAUUGGUAACACUGAAUACUGGAGCAAAAUUGCCUAUACUUGGCUUUGGUACAUACGCCGGGGAAGCUGAAGAAGGAGAAAUUCGGCGGGCAGUUGAAACUGCAAUUGACGUGGGAUACCGACACUUUGACUGCGCUUACGUAUAUGGCAACGAAGCAGAGGUUGGGGACGCAUUUCAGAACAAAAUUAAGGAUGGAACCGUUAGGAGAGAGGAUUUGUUCAUUACAACAAAAGUUUGGCCAACGUAUUAUCGAAACGUAAAGGAGUGUUUCGAUGAAAGCUUGCGGAGACUAAAGCUAGAAUACGUGGAUCUCUAUUUGGUUCACUGGCCAUUUGCUUUCAAAUCUACUUUUCCAGCAGGCAGUAUCUAUUGUCCAUUAGACGAGAACGGAAAAGUUUUGUUUGACGACGACGUGCACUAUUUGGAUGUUUGGAAACAGCUUGAAAAACUGAAAACAGCUGGACUCGCCAAAGCAAUUGGUGUAUCUAAUUUCAACGAAUAUCAGAUAAAUCGUCUGCUUAAUGAGGCUACCAUCCCUCCAGCCGUGAAUCAAUAUGAAAUCCAUCCCUAUUUGGCGCAAGAAAAGCUCUUACAAUACUGUAAAUCGAAAAACAUUGCAGUCACAGGUUUUAGUCCGUUUGGAGCACCGAACCGCUCGUGGCAAAUCGCUGGGGAACCUAAAUUGUUCGAAGACCCAAAGUUGAUGAAAAUUGCGAAGAAGCAUGGCAAAAGUGUUGCUCAAGUUAUACUACGAUUUCAAAUUCAACGUGGUGUUAUAGUUAUUCCGAAGAGUUCUAAUCCUGUUCGAUUGAAGUCUAAUUUAGACGUUUUCGAUUUCAAAUUGGACGACGAUGAUAUGGGUGAAAUACGCUCCUUGGAUAAAAAUCUCAGAUAUAGUCUGCCAGCCUACAGUACAGGCAAAUAUUCAGCUUUCAGAGAAAAUUAUUCAGAAUAAACUUGAUAAAACAUAAAAUGUUAAGACAUUUGUACAUGAGCGAUCUUAUUGUAGCCUUGCUUGACUUUGCACUGUAAUAUUUCUUAAAUAAAAUGUAUGCAGAAAAAUAAAGUGUUAUUGAGAAAUGCAAGGGCAACACUGUUAAUUAUAUUUGUCGUUUGAUAAUUUUAUCGAAAACGCAGUCAAAACGCAGUCAGUUAUCACUUGCUCAAAAGCUGAUUAGCUUGAAUAUUAAUUAUGCUAAUAAGAAUAGUUUUCUCUCGUAUUUUGUCACCUUGAAUAUGAUAGUAUUCACUGUUGGGUGAAUCAUAAGCGUAUCAUUGUUGUCUACCUAAUCGUCUUUUGAAAUAGUCAAAAGUAGAGCCCAAAUCGUUAUUUGAUUGGCCUCCGCCGCAGGGUGUUUAUUGGGCUGCCAUUUAGACAUUGGGUUUAUUUUAUGGGUUACUGCCACUUUUCACUACCAAUCAAGUGCAAUGAUUUUUAUAAUAAAUUGUUCGUUUUCUAUCCUGAAUUAAAACUUAAAUUAUGAUAA